GGAAGUGAACCCGGUUCACCAGAUUACGAGUCCACCGCUCUUAACCACUACACCACAUUGGCUAUUUUACAUCGCUUUCUGCGUAACAGUCAACUCUUUGUGCCAUUUCUUUAAUUUUAUUAUACUAUAGAAACUCACUAAAUGAAAAAACACAAAAACCAAUCAAUGAUAGCAAUCACAUAACACGCUGAGAAAAGUUAACCUAAGCAAGUUGUACUUCCUUUUUCUAGUUAUUUGGCUAUAGGUUUUGAUAGAAUACAGAUAAUUGAACAAACGUAGUUGCAUUACAUUCUUGAUUGAAUUAUCUUUCCAUUGAUAUAUGAUUUUAUGAUAUUACUCCAAAAGAAGUGGUGUUAUAAGCCAUCAAACCUCUGAAAAACACUUUUCCCCCCAAAAGGCUUCAACAUUUUAGACCACUAAUGUAUAUCAAACCAAGCAACAUUCAACAACCCAUCAGAGUCUAAUAAUGAAUAUAUUGGUUAAUGACAAACAACAAAGAUUGUGAUGAAUUGGAAAUCGAGAACAAUGGUGACCACAACAAAAUCCUCAAAGAGGAGAAGCCAUGUAAAAAUUUGGAGCGUGGGGAGAGCUGCAGUCAGAGCUCCCAUUCCACUUCCUAUCAACAAAAUCUCAUUGGAAAGAAACCCUAUCAGUCCAUGGAGUGUGGAAAGAGCUUCAGGAACAGCUUCUCUUUGAGUUCCCAUCGAAGAAUUCAUACAGGGGAGAAACCCUACCAGUGUGUGGAAUGUGGAAAGAGCUUCAGUAAGAGCUCCAAUCUCACUAAGCAUCAGAGAAUUCAUACAGGGGAGAAACCCUAUCAGUGUUUGGAAUGUGGAAAGAGCUUCACUGAAAGCUACAAACUCACUUCCCAUCAGAGAAUUCAUACAGGAGAGAAACCCUAUCAGUGUGUGGAAUGUGGAAAGAGCUUCAGUUCGGGCUCCAAUCUCACUUCCCAUCAGAGAAUUCAUACAGGAGAGAAACCCUAUCAGUGUGUGGAAUGUGGAAAGAGCUUCAGUAGGAGAACCGAUCUCACUUCCCAUCAAAGAAUUCAUGCAGGGCAAAUACUCAAUCAGUGUGCAGAAUGUGGAAAGAGCUUUAGUAAGAGCUCCAAUCUCACUUCCCAUCAGAGAAUUCAUACAGGGGAGAAACCCUAUCAGUGCAUGGAAUGUGCAAAAAGCUUCAGGAGGAGCUCCGAUCUCACUUCCCAUCAGAGAAUUCAUACAGGGGAGAAACCCUAUCAGUGCCUGGAAUGUGGCAAGAGCUUCAGUUGGAGCACCGAUCUCACAUCCCAUCAAAGAAUUCAUACAGGGGAGAAACCCUAUCAGUGUGUGGAAUGUGGAAAGAGCUUCAGUAAGAGCUCCAAUCUCACUAAGCAUCAGAGAAUUCAUACAGGGGAGAAACCCUAUCAGUGUUUGGAAUGUGGAAAGAGCUUCAGGAAGAGCUCCAAUCUCACUUUCCAUCAAAGAAUUCAUAGGGAGAAACCCUAUCAGUGUUUGGAAUGUGGAAAGAGCUUCACUGAAAGCUACAAACUCACUUCCCAUCAGAGAAUUCAUACAGGAGAGAAACCCUAUCAGUGUGUGGAAUGUGGAAAGAGCUUCAGUAGGAGAACCGAUCUCACUUCCCAUCAAAGAAUUCAUACAGGGCAAAUACUCAAUCAGUGUGCAGAAUGUUCAAAGAGCUUCAGUAAGAGCUCCAAUCUCACUUCCCAUCAGAGAAUUCAUAAGGGAGAGAAACCCUAUCAGUGUGUGGAAUGUGGAAAGAGCUUCAGUAGGAGAACCGAUCUCACUUCCCAUCAAAGAAUUCAUACAGGGCAAAUACUCAAUCAGUGUGCAGAAUGUGGAAAGAGCUUCAGUAAGAGCUCCAAUCUCACUUCCCAUCAGAGAAUUCAUACAGGGGAGAAACCCUAUCAGUGCGUGGAAUGUGGAAAGAGCUUCAGGAGGAGCUCCGAUCUCACUUCCCAUCAGAGAACUCAUACAGGGGAGAAACCCUAUCAGUGCCUGGAAUGUGGCAAGAGCUUCAGUUGGAGCUCCGAUCUCACUUCCCAUCAGAGAAUUCAUACAGGGGAGAAACCCUAUCAGUGCCUGGAAUGUGGAAAGAGCUUCAGGAGGAGCUCCGAUCUCACUUCCCAUCAAAGAAUUCAUUCAGAGGUCAGCUUCAUCAGAGCCAUGAACUCACAGUACGUGUGCAAGAUGACGUUGCUUCUGCAAUACGGGAGCCAUUUCAGGAAGAAAGGGUGUGGGCUCAGGAGGAUGGCCCCCCGUAGCACAAUGACAGAGCCCAGUCUCCACCAGCUCAUGGACCUCUUCCUCUCCAUGCUGGCCACAAAGGACCUGGUCAUCAGCACCUCCACCUUGCCCAAGAUACUGGUCAUCCCCAUUUGGUGCUGA